GUGUCUCCAGUCCUCCAUGGAGCAGCGGCUGCAGACUGUUGGCGAACUUUUUUUCCCUUCUUUAAUUAAGUUGAUCAUAACUGUAACUCAGCUGGGAUUUGCUGUCCGGGCAGACAGGCCACUGUAAUUCAUGUAGCUGGACUUUAAGGGGGUUUGCACUCUGCGGCUUUAAUCUCGUGCUGCUGUUAACGUGGAGCCACGAACCUGUUCAGCUCUCCGGAUCCGCACCGGUCACGCCAGCGCCCGUUUCUCGCUGUUUUACGCUGAUUCCGGUGGUGACAAAGUUUAUCACGCAGCUGAAGACACUUUAAGGGGGUUUUAUCGAAGCUUUAAAUUCGUUGGAUUUUCAGCCAUUACGCGCCGGAUAUGUGGUGGAUGCUGUUUCCCCGAUGGAUUUGGUUUCUUCUGGGACAGUGUUACUUCACUUUACUCCUCUACAUGGAAAGCUGCCGGGUGAGAGCCAUGCCGAUGCCCAUGUCCGUGGCAAAAGUGGUUUAUUCCCACGCGGGUCUGUGCCCGAAUGACCUGAACCCCAACCUGUGGGUGGAUGCUAUGAGCACCUGCAUGCGCGAGUGCGAAUCUGACCAGGACUGUGAAACAUUUGAGAAGUGCUGCCCUAAUGUAUGUGGUAACAAGAGCUGUGUGGCAGCGCGCUAUAUAGACAUCAAGGGCAACAAGGGCCCUAUCGGAAUGCCAAAGGGUGCCACGUGCGACAAGUUCAUGUGCUCUCAGCAAGGGUCUGAGUGCGACAUCUGGGAUGGCCAGCCUGUUUGUAAGUGCCGGGACCGCUGCGAGAGAGAACCCCACUUCACAUGCGCAUCUGAUGGCAUGACUUAUUAUAACAAGUGCUACAUGGAUGCUGAGGCCUGCUCCAAGGGUAUCUCUAUAUCUGAGGUCACCUGCAGGUACCACCUGACCUGGCCCAACACCAGUCCAAUCCCUGCAGAGACCACCCUACGUCCCACCACUGCCCUCCAGACCACCAUCCCAACCGACAUCCAGCUCCCUGCCAUUCACAGCGGACCCACCCAGCAGGCGGUAUUCGUGAGUGAGACGGCCAGCUUCCUGUGUGAGGUGUCUGGGAAGCCACAUCCGGAAAUCACCUGGGAGAAACAGCUGAAAGGCAAAGAGAACACCAUCAUGAGACCCAAUCACGUCCGAGGGAAUGUGGUGGUCACCAACAUCGGUCAGCUGGUCAUAUACAACGCACAGCUUCAGGAUGCCGGCAUCUACACGUGCACCGCCAAGAAUGUCGGGGGAAGUGUGUCGGCACACUUUCCUUUGGUGGUGAUCAACAAAGAAUCCAAGGGUAAAAAUGCAGAAGGGAACAGCACCAACCUGCCUUUUCCAGCUGCAGAGUGCCUCAAGGGUCCCGACACUGAUGACUGUGGAGAGGAGAGCAUGAGCUGGUACUAUGAGCCAAAGAGGAACAAUUGCUUCACCUUCACCUACAGUCAGUGCAACAAAAACCAAAACCACUUUGACACCUACGAAGCCUGCAUGCUGUCCUGUGGAGCAGAGAUGGCGGCUCCCUGCAGCUUACCAAGUCUCCAAGGGCCCUGCAAGGCCUACGAGCCUCGCUGGGCGUACAGCAGCACUCUGAAGAAGUGCCAGUCCUUCGUGUACGGAGGCUGCGGCGGCAAUGAGAACAACUUUGAGUCUAAAGAGGCCUGCGAAGAGAUGUGUCCCUUUCCGAAGAACCACAACUGCAAGGUGUGCAAGCCUCGAGGCAAGAUGGUCGUCAGCUUCUGCAAGAGUGACUUCGUGAUCCUCGGGCGAGUGAUGGAGCUGACCGAGGAGCAGGAGUCCGGCCACGCUCUGGUGACAGUGGAGGAGAUCUUGAAGGACGAGAAGAUGGGUCUCCGGUUCUUCGGCAAGGAACCUUUGGAGGUGACUCUUCUGAACAUGGACUGGAACUGCCCCUGCCCCAACAUCACCACAGCCGACGGGCAGCUCAUCAUCAUGGGGGACGUCCACAACGGGAUGGCCGUCCUGCAGCCCGACAGCUUUGUGGGCUCCUCCAGCACUCGAAGGAUCAGGAAGCUGCGCGAGAUUGUCCACAAGAAAACCUGCGACUUCCUUAAAGAUUUCUCGGCCGUCCAGUAGAACCUUGCACAUGCUCGGUGCGUCAUGUUCAGAUAAUUUCAGUGACCUCAACAGUCAGACUGACUGCCAGCUAACACAAAGCUAGUAACUUAUCUGUAAUGUUGGAGGUUUUAGUGACCAACCUCGUUUUCCAUAUCACUCAGAAGAUCUCAGAAAAAUCUCGUUUCACCAACUGAUCAUUUUGUUGUUUUUAUUCAUGAUUUCCUCGAAGCUGUUGCCCCUUUUUCAAGUAGAAACACGCUCAGACAGUUUUUAAAUAAACAGUCUGGGAAAGAGAAGCAUUUACUCUGUACAAAGUAUUUAAUUCCCCUCUAAAUACACUAAUAUCCUUCAUAGCUGUAUGUUCUAACAUGAUUCGUAUAUUUGCUUUAUGUAUUCAUGGGUAUCUCACAGUUGACAUUGUAUAACAUCUGUAAUGCGAUGUGAAGCCUCAGUUUAUCUACCAGAAUCAAAUAAGCUCUUUGGGUUCCUCUUUUUUUUGUUUUGUUUUUGUGGAAUCCUUUUUGAUAAGUUUCAUUUACAACAUGUAUGUGGACUUGUGUACUUCAUAUUUAUUUUUCUUGAUCUCUUUCUUAUAGAUCAGUGGAUAUACAGUAGAAACAAUAGACAGAAUGUACCUCUGUGGAUCUAAUUACAUAUUUUGUAUUUUAUCUGCGAUAGCUUAUAUUCAUUAAAGUUUUAUGGAAUAUGAUGGUAAAUGAAUAAAGAUGAUUUUGAAGAUA